CCCGUACACAAGUGAGUGGACAAAGCUCCACCUUCAACCCAAUCUCUGUUGAAGGUGAAAAUUACGCAAGCAUGUCUCCACUUGGCUCGCAUACCUACACCAUGGCCACCCACCCUGCCGGUAGUCCAAGAACGGUACCAGACAAAAACUCCGGGAAUACUAGCAAUAUGGAAGCAAACACAGGAGACGGGACAACCGAAACUCCCGUAUCUAGCUUUAAUCCUCUCGACCCGGGCUCACCCAACCCUACCGUCGGCGGCUCCCCAAGUAUCAAAUUCAAAGCCUACAAAUGCUGUACCUGCAACACCUCGCAUUACGAGCCCUUCACCAGCGACCAGGACACCUGUUACAAUUGCAAUCACGCUGUCUGCCGUGCCUGCUACAACUUCUGGGAAUGCUGCAACUGCAACACUCUGGGUCGAUUUUCGAACCACACCUGUGAUGAGUGUGGGCAUGAAAAGUGCCCCCGAAAAUGCCUUUUUCAAAUCAUCACGAAGGAUGCCUGGCUGAGAGUGGAGGCUUUGAGAGCUACGGAGAAGAGGGGCACGACAGAGCAGCAGAGGGGCGAGAAGAUGCAUAAGUUGGGAAGAUUCGGGGAUUCGGGGAAAAUCAUUGCGGGAGGGAGAUGUGGAGCCAACAGUCCGGCCAAUGCCAAUUUCAAGCCUGGGACGGUAGCUGAGAAGGAGGAAGCACUCAAGUCGCUUGUAAGUCUUAGGGAGAAGGUUAAGGCCUCAUCUAAAAGUCAUGUCGCUAGCGAGUCACUCUUGCCUUCGGCUCCCUCGUAUCACAAGUGCCAGUGGCAGGUUUCCCCGGUGGACAUAUACGGAUCCCUAGGUAUCAGCACAGCGAGGAUGAACAGUGAACCUGGUGAAGAUGGGAUGAACUGCGGAACCCCCAGGAAGGAGCAUGAAAAUUCUAAUGCAUCCAUGGUUCAGGUAAAUUCCUCACUCUUUGCUACUCCAUAUUUAUGAUCGUGCUCUUGCUGACACCUCCUAGUCUCCCCAGGGCUCUAACGACUCUUCAAAUACUUCUUGCACCACCUCUCCAUCAACCCUUGCCGAGAGUCCUGGGACUCCCCCAGAAUCGCCUACCAGCAAUCGCAGUCAUCCACCCCCAAAAAUCAUACCCACCGGGUGCUCGGUCCCUGGACGGGAAACUGAGAGUAUCCCGAUCCUUCAGGGAACAGAAUGUUGCGGAGAUCCCAAAGCGCCGAGCUCGUCCGCUCUCUAGAAGUUUUGUCGGAGGCAUUCUCACUUACUCUUUUUAAACCCGCCACUGGCUGGAGCUAACACCACCACAGGUAUCAAACGCUCCCGUUUUACGAACCACGUGAUAAGGGCUAUUGGAUUGCACUGGAUCGGUUAGACAAUAUUUGGUCGGCGUUAUUUGUGCUUUCUCGGUCUCUUAUUGUUUUAUUUUAUGGCUAAAAAUCUAUCAACCAACAGGUUCCAUUCACACGACAGAGCUCCCCUUGAAUUUUGCAGGUGUGACGGUGCCAUAGAGCGGGAAUUAUCACCGCUGCUUCGUGCUUUUAAUACCGGGACUGGGGACUUCUCCACCAUCUCCCUUAGCCGAAUAACCUAGCUGCAAAGGAGAGGAGCUGCAGAGAAAGAGAGAAAGAUGGCCUAAAAACUUUAGGGGGUUGUAUCAUAGAGAUUCAAUUGAAACCGUUCUUAUGCCAUU